CAGACACAGUCUUAUAUAAAGUGAGACAUGGCACAACACAAAUAGAUUGACUGACCAUCCACCACCGGUUCGUCUCGCAGUAAUUAAUAUAGAUAAAUGAGCCUCAAACCCCAUAAUUUCAAGUCUCAGCAAAUCCAACCAUACAAGAAAUACGAGCAAAAUGUCGUCUACAUUACGGCCACGCAUACCGCAUUCUUUUGCCCUAAUCCAGCUCCUACUCCGUAUAUGCAUCAUAGGAACAGCCAUAGCAGCACUCUGCAUCCUCGGCAAACUUGCAAUAAAAUACAAAACCGCCAGAAAUAACCACGGCAAGACCUUUGGCGGCGCAAUUUCAAUGAGCGCACUGGCCCUCCCCAUCAACACCUGGGAAAUAAUCGCCCUGGCCAGUCCCAAUCCGGCUAAGAAAAUCAAACGCGCUGCAACGUGCGCAGUCGGCUUCGCGGAUUUCGGUAUCUUUGCUGUUGGUCUCUAUGCGGUAUUGGAGGUUGCUCUUAGCGACUAUGCCCUUGGUAAUGCGCCGGUGGGUUAUGAGAGGCCUUGGAAGGGGAUGCAGGAUGUGACGGUUAUAUUGGUGGCUGUGGUUGUAGCGGAAUCGCUCCUUGCUCUUAUUCUGGGGUGUGUUGGUUGUUGUCGUGAAGCGAGGAUGGCGAAGAGGGAAAAGAGGGCUGUAGAAAUUGGAACAGUGUCCAUCCGGUCAGUAGUGGUUAGGGACAGUUAAGGGAUAAUAUGACAAGGUAUUCAUUCACUGUACUGGUUAGAGCUGUGUUUACCUGUGGUGGAGCGUAACCCUAAUCUUAAAAGACUUCAAUGGUCUAUUACUCUAUAUAUAAGUAUUACAAAGAAAAAAUAUCUCCACGCCGUCUACGGACUAUAUUACAGGUAUAAUUCAACCCUCCCAGGGAAGAAUU